CUCGCGAACGCUGCAACAAGUGCAUUGAUGAUGCUCGGCCGCUCGGUCGUUCAAGAAAAGAACCUUCUUCUUCUUCUUGACUGGAAACAGCGGCGAUGUUGCGACGUUUUUCCUGAGAAAAAGAAUGAGUCAGUAUUAAAACAGCUGUUCGGACUUGACUUCCAACAGGUUUGGCCGGUCGGCGAACGGGAAUUUAAAAAAACGACCGCAGAGCUUGCGCAAUUCUGGAGAAGUUUUAUGAGUGAGCCCCGUGAGCUAGCUCAAGUUGCUAGCGCGGUGCGUUUGGGAAAGUCAGCCGCUUUGACUCAACAUGUUGCCGGGUGACUAGUUAGCAGGAGCAGCGCACUUGUGCCUUUUUCUUCUGUCAUUUCUUAAUUCCCCCCCCCCCCCCCCCGACAUGUUUGUGCGAGAGAACGGGCGCGAGGCAGCGAGCCGCCGGAGCUCAGAGCAACCGAGGCGACUGCGUUGUGGCUAAACAACACGAACAGCUGCUCCGUUGAUGUGAGACGAAGAAGAAGAAGAAGAAAGGGGUCAGGAGGACAUCAUCAGCGACUAUGAGCAGGGGCCCCAGUGUGCCGCUCCCAUCGACAGAUAGCAGGAGGAAGACGGAGAGCAGCAGUGAUCCUGGUAGUCUCAUACUGAAAGUUACCUGCAUAGGGCGAGAUACUAUUGUAUACGCAGAACAAAACGACAGAGGCUUGUCCACAAGCGAAGACCCUCUCCCGUGCUUCCACAACACCAAAGCUGACCCAUUGAUCCGAAGCCGACCCCUCAGUGACAUCUACCCAUUUCACGGUCAAAGUGACAGGAGUGCAGUCCCAUGCCUACUGUCUGGAUGUGGUGCCCAGGUACAGCCGGUGACUGCGGGUUCCCCCACUGACGAGAACAAACUGAACAGCAUCAACCAGUCCGCUUGGACCAACCCUGUCAUAGGUCCACCUGAAGGAAAGCCUUACUCCUCCAGAAUUAUGAGGCUUUUCUCUAACCCGAGGAAGGGCCCUGUCCCUGCUCACAGUCCAACCGCUGACAGCCCCAUCUCAGUCCACAGCAACGACGGCAACAGUGGCACCCAGUCCUGGUCAGGACUUCCAGGUAUAGGUGUUGUAGACUCCUUCAAAAAGCUCCGCUCCUCUGUGCUUCAGGGUAUUCAGAGUAGAGGGGCGACAAACCGCGAUGAUGAGCAUGUCCCUUCAUCAAGUCAGGACAUGGCUAAUGGCACAAGUGGGGCCAACACUGAGCCUAGUCUAAACAAUGGAAGAAAUAAUUUAAAGACAGCAGAGGGAUACAGUGUGCCUAAUGGAAAUUUUACUGUUCACAAGUUGGCUAUGAUGAGCCAGUGUGGCUCAGAUAUUGAGGACUAUGAUGAUGAGGAAAAUGAUGAAGGAGAUGGUCUCACGCGGAACACGCGAUUCUCAAGGAGUAUCAGGAGAGCUUAUGGGGCAGGACGCAUUUCUUUAUUUGACACAGGGAAAGGGAGAGUUGCAGGAAUCGGCACGAACGAAGCUGCGGACGGUCAGAAACAGGAUCACACAUCCGAGGUCAAUGUCCAGACCCAGAACACGAACCACAACACAGACGUGAAGGUGCUGAACAGAAUGAGCAGAAGCGCCGAAAAUCUACAUAUAUUUAAGGCACCUUUCCGACGCAAAGCCCCAUCUCUGGGUCCUCCUUCCCCUGAGGAUGAACCACAGAGGACUGCCUUGUCAAACGGAACGCCGAACAUCCAGAGGACAGCCAGUGCCUCCUCGGUGGAUCUUCGAUGCCACACUAUAAAUUGUAGAAAGAGCUCUGUGAAGACAAAGGGACCGAUGCUGACGCUAGUAGGCAGCAUGACUGACCUGACUGUCCGACGCAGGCGGAGUCCCUCCCCAAACCCUACAUCGCCCAUGUCUCCCCUGACCCGUCUCCAUGACGACUACUCCCGCCGCGUGCCUUGCCUACACACCAGCGAACGGCAGCGCCGGCCUUCGCCCGUCAGAGCCCGGGUCGUGUCUGUCGGACACACAACGCUGGUGCAUCACCAGCCGGAACAGGACGUAAGCCCGCAGCAGCACCAGGUCCUCAUCAGCCCGGUCUCUGUGGAUCCCUUAGAUGGAACAGAGAAUUCACCUGGUGCCUCUUCUCACUGUGACUCGCUGGCUGUGGCAACAACAAGUGGCUAUGAACAGACGGCAGAUUGUGAUUCAUCGCCGCUCAGCCAAAAGGAGCCUUCACAAACAGAGCAGACUGAGGCCAAGUCACUACCAAACAAGGUGACAUCAGAACAACAAGUGCGAGAGGCACUUAUCCAAACCGAUGAAGCGUCUCCGACAACCAGCAGCAGCACACCUCCUCUCUCCCUAACAUGCCUCUCGGAGUCACCCAAGUCCCCCACGUCGCCCACAGAUGCAACCACGACUACCGCAAAGACGUACUCCAUCAAGCCUCGGCGAAGGGCCGGUCGUCCUAGACCUCGGCCCAUUUCUGACUAUGGGCAGCUUGUAUCCAGGAAGCACUCCAUUCCAGAGGAAGUGGCAGAAAAGCAUGCUGAGGAAAGGACAGAAAGCGUAUCGUUGCAUGAAGACUGCAGGGACAAAGAGGCCUAUGGGAACGGAGAGAGCCCUGAGAGCACGAAUGGGAACGUUCAGUGCAAGAGGUAUCGACCCAUCUCGGUGACAGGAGUCGCGGAUCUGUUCCCCCCUGACGCUGAGGAGAAGGACGACCGUCUUCCUUCUCCCCUGUCACGGCCGCCCAUCCCCUCCCACCAGGUGCCCCCCUACCGAGCGGUGUCUGCCAGAUUUCGCCCCUCGGCCCUUUCCCAAAGCACCCCCAUCGGACUGGAUCGGGUUGGACGGCGGAGGCUCCACAGAGUGCUCAGCGAUGGUGUGUCUGAGUGCUCGGCGACGCUUGAUGACAGUGUGAGUGAGGAGGAGGAGGAGGAGGGCAGCUUUGAUGAGCUCACUGAUGCCACGCCCUACCUCCAGCCAGGGGUGGAGAUGUCUGUGCUCAACGAGUGGAUAAGCUCGGGCCACAGGGUGUACGCUGAGGCUCUCUGGGACCAUGUGACCAUGGAAGAACAGGAGCUGGUCUUCAAGGCUGGAGAUGUUAUCCGCGUCCUGGAUGCCUCGCACAAGGAUUGGUGGUGGGGCAGGGGGGCCGACAGGGAGGCCUGGUUCCCCUCCAGCUUUGUGAGGGUGCGAGUGAACCAGGAAGACUCGAGCGCAGAGAGUGUCGAGAGCGUAGCAGACCAGGAGGAUCCAGCUCCCCGGGACACGCACAGCUCUCAGCACAGGGAGCAGAUGAGAACCAAUGUGGUUCAGGAAAUCAUGAAUACUGAACGCAUCUACAUCAAGCACCUCAAAGACAUCUGUGAGGGUUACAUCCGCCAGUGCCGCAAACACCCAGACAUGUUCACCGAGCUGCAGCUCAAGACCAUUUUCAGCAACAUAGAAGACCUAUACAGAUUUCAGAGGCAGUUUCUAAAGGACCUGGAGAAGCAGUACAACAAAGACCAACCACACCUCAGUGAAAUAGGCUCUUGUUUUCUCCUGCAGGGGGAGGGUUUCUCUAUCUACUCCGAGUACUGUAACACCCAUCCAGUGGCGAGUGCUGAGCUGCAUCGCCUCAUGAAGUCGGGCCGAUAUAAACAUUUUUUUGAGGCCUGUCGCCUCCUCCAGCAGAUGAUCGACAUCUCCAUCGCUGGCUUCUUGCUCACGCCCGUCCAGAAAAUCUGCAAAUAUCCGCUGCAGCUGGGAGAACUUCUCAAGUACACCCCAAAGGACCACAGUGACUUCAGCGGAGUGAGCAAAGCAUACGAGGCCAUGAAGAAUGUGGCCAGUCUGAUAAACGAGAGGAAAAGACGGCUCGAGAGUGUCGACGCCAUUGCUCACUGGCAGGUCGCCAUUCUGCGCUGGGAGGGGCCGGACGUGCUGGAGCGCAGUUCAGAGCUGAUCCACUCUGGGGAGCUGACUCGUGUCGUCCGACAAGGCAAAAUGCAGCAGCGCAGCUUCUUCCUGUUUGACCACCAGUUGGUCUUCUGCAAAAAAGACGUGCUGCGCAGAGACCUGCUCCACUACCGCGGACGGUUGGAUAUGGACCAGACCGAGGUGCUGGACGUUCCCGACGGGCGCAACCCAGACCUGGGCCUGACCCUGCGGAACGCUCUGCGCUUGCGCAACGCCUCCACUCUGGAGUUUGUGUGUGUGCUGUGCUGCAGGAAGGCCCAGGACAAGCAGAGGUGGUUGGAGGCGUUUGCCAAGGAGAGACACAGAGUGAAGGAAGACCAAGAAAUGGGAAUUGAAAUCAGUGAAGAUCAAAGAAAACAGGCCAUUGCUAAUGCCAGAAGAGCCAAAAAGGGAAAGAUCAAACCCAUUGGUUACUCUGGUUCUGUCCCCCCCCACCACCAAAACCUUCAUCCUCUUCACCAGCGUCACGUCACCAUUCCGACCAGCGUGCCUCAGCAGCAGGUCUUUUCGCUGGCCGAGCCCCCAAAACGAAAGCCUUAUCACCUGUUGUACAACAUCACCCGCAGCGCCUUCUUUAGGAAAUGAGUCUUUGUCCCCCCCCUGUUGAAUAAUCAGAGCAUGCCCAAAAUGUCCUGAAGAUUCAAAGAACACUUUAUAUUUGUUCCUGUCUGUGAAUCAUGUUUUGUUUUUGUGCCUCAUAUGUCAUUCUGUAUGUGUCUAUUUUUGUUGCACAUUGAAGUUCAGUGCCUUCACUUUGUAUGGGGCAUGACUGAAGUGUUAAAAUAAUGACUGUGUUCAAGCUGCUCACUAAUGCUGCUCACUAAAGCUCAUGAUACCCCACCUCUUUGUCUUAUUAAUUCCAGCUGAAGGUUUUUUUAUUUUAUUUUAAUUAUGACGACGAUGUAUCUCCGGUUUUUACUUUGGAAAAACAUGGUUGUAGGUUAUUUCACAAAGGCUGGACCCUUUUCUUUUUGCUGCGAGCCUGUCAGCUCUGAGCACAAACAGCCAGAGGAUAAAUCCACUAACUCAUUCAUCUACCGUGUUAACACUGUAAAUAAAACUCUAGUACAAACCAAA